CAUCUUUUUUUUGUUUUUCAACCUGGCCACAAUGAAAACAAUGAACAAUUAUAUUUUUAUGUGGUUGCUUUUGUUCGGGUUUUCAAUAACAAACGCAUUUCCAAAGAGUGACAUUGAAAAUUUAUGCAAAGAGACACCUGAUGCAGCCUUCUGCACCACACAACUCCUAAAUGAUCCACGAAUACCACCCGCGCCACUUCUCAGCGAUGUGCUUAUAAUUGUGAUUUCGCUUUCACAAAAACAAGUGCAAGACGCAAUGAUUCAUAUUAACAGCAUCCGUCGAAACUUCGAAGGUCGGAGCGAGAUACAACAGAUUGAUAAUUGCAAUUCCAAAUAUCUUGGCGCUUCGGGAAGGUUCUCUGAGGCCACAGAUUUUGCACUAAAAAAGACUUAUACGGCAGUGAUCACUUUUGCGGGUGAUGCCAAGGACGCUGUGACCCAGUGCCAAAGUGAAUUGGUAAAGAAUAUGAUACAAAUAUCUCCUCUCACUUUAUAUAACACAAAUAUUUCUAAACUAUAUGAAAUCAUUCUUGUUAUUACCAAAAAGCUUGGAGUGAGAAUUUAAUAUAUUUUUUCGGCCAGUGUAAAAAUAAAUUAUUAAUAAAGGUCAUUUUGUAAUAAAAAUUAGGAGGUUAUAUAUUAGAGGAAACAGUAACUUGGCUGUUUCGUCAAGAAUAUGUAAAGCAAGGGCCGUACACACAUGAUAUAGAAACAUAAACAUUGUUUAAGGCAUCAAACUUUUUAUUACAAUUAUAAUUAUAUUGUAUUAAUUUCAAAUAAUAAUUUUCUUUUUAC